AUGGUUUUUGAAAAUGUAGUUGCGGACUUGCUCAAUCGUUUUUUGGGUUCUUACAUUGACAAUUUAAACGCUUCUCAAUUAAAUAUUGGAAUUUGGGGAGGAGAUGUUAAAUUAAAUAAUUUGGAUAUUAAAGAAACUGCUUUAGAUGAUCUUGAUCUUCCCGUUAGACUUAAAUUUGGCUAUAUACAAAGUCUAGUGCUUAAAAUACCUUGGAAGUAUCUUUAUACGGAGCCUACUAUUGUUAAUAUAAGUGAAAUUUACAUGAUAAUUGUGCCUAACCAAGGAAUUGUUUAUAACGAGGAGAAAGCUAAGAAAAAUGAACAGGAGGCUAAGCAAAAGAAACUGGCUAGACUUGAAGAAAAUAGAAGAAAUAAACUCAAACAAAAUAUCCAAACAGACGAUACUUUCACUGAAAAAUUGGUUGCACAAGUUAUUAAAAAUUUGCAGAUUCGAAUAAAACGAGUCCAUUUACGUUAUGAAGACAAAUUUUCUAAUAGAGGAAGGCCUUUUGCUACGGGAGUGACUCUUGAUUCUCUUAAUUUUCAGACGACCGAUGAAAAUUUCCAACUGACAGUUCAAAAAGAAGCAGUUAAAAUAUUUUACAAACUCGUCUCGAUGAAUCACUUAAGUAUUUACUCGAAUGCUGGAUCUACUCUUAUUUCUGAUUUGCUUGAUAAAAAAGAAAUUACAAAGGCCUUGUGUAAUUCUAUUUCUACUGACACUAGUCGUCCUGAAGGAUAUAAAUACGUACUUGAACCUUUAUCUUUAAAUGCCAAAUUAAAAUUAAAUCAAAAACCUGAAACUGAUGGAUCUGACUGGACUAUUCCAAAAGUUGAUUUAAUUUUACAAUUGGAAAAACUUGCUUUGGCUAUUGGAAAAUUUCAAUAUCAAGAUUUUCUUUUAUUUUUGGAGGCACAAGAAAGAUUUAAUUUGUCGGCACAAUAUUUUAAAUAUAGACCAAAUUUGAUUGAAUAUAAAAAUCAUUACAAAGAAUGGUGGAAAUUUGCUUACAAUUGUAUUCUUCACGAGCAUGUUAAACGACGUCGAAAUAAUUGGUCAUGGGAAAGAAUGAACAAACAUAGACAAAUGGUUCGAGAUUAUAAAGAAGCUUGGAUUAUUUUUAGAACGGAGAAAAAUCCAAAUGAAUUUGUUAAAAAGACGAUUGAGAACGUAGAAGAAGCUCUUGAUGUUUUUAACCUUAACAUAGCUAGACAACAAGCAGAAUUUGAAAUUGAUAGACGUGACGAUUUAAUACGUGUUGAGGAUCAAAAACAAGAGGGAUGGGUUGGUUGGGCUAAAAGUUGGUUUGUUGGAAGUGGAAAAAAAGUGGAAACGGAACAGACAGAAGCUGAUGCAAAAAUUAUGGAAAAAAUUGAACAAGCAGUUACUCCAGAAGAAAAACAAAAAUUAUUUGAGGCUAUUGACUAUCAGGAAAAUACUCCACCAACGGAUUAUCCAAAACAUUUUGUUGAAAAUCGAAUAAAUUUUGGCCUUGCAUCAGUUGUGAUUUCUUUAGAGAAUGUUCUCGAAAUGCGCUUUGCUGAUUUGACAGCAAAUUUGGAUCAUCGUCCGUCUGCAAAUGCUAUCAAGUAUAUUUCUUGUAUAAAAUCAUUUGAAAUGAAUGCCUUCCAAGAAAAUUCAAAAUCUCAAUCAAUAUUGAAGAUGACCGAUUCUAACCGGCCCUGGCUUAAAAUGCAAAUUGAAACAAAUCCUUUAAAUAAAGAUUUUGAUCAAUCUGUAGAAUUACUUGUUGCACCUAUAAUGCUGAUGUAUCAUGCUCCAGCAGUCAAUAAAGCUUUGGAUGUUUUUAAACCUCCUGAAACUGUUCGACUUCAACAAUUGACGGCUUUGGCUAUUGCAAGAUAUGAGGAAGUUAAGGCUCGUUCUACAACAGCUUUACAACACAUGGUGGAACAAAAACGCAAAUUAAAAUUGGAGAUUCAAAUUGAUCCUGCAACAAUCGUUUUGUGUGCUGGAGGUGUUUUUGACGAAGGAAAGAAUGCUUUAGUUGCAGAAUUGGGACAACUUAAUUUAAAUACAAAAUCACAAUCACCUGAAAGGGCAUAUGAAAAGAUACUUGAUCCAAAAUUAAAAUCUUUAAUGGCUCAAGCUUAUGAUAAUUUCCAAUUGAGCCUUUCAAAUGUUCAAUUAAUUUUUGCUGAUACUUUUAAGACGUGUAUGCAAGCAAGAAAUGAUAGAUAUUCUCCAUAUCAUUUAUUAAAACCUACAAAUAUGGUUAUUGAUGUACUUCGUUCAACAAUUGAUGAUCUUCAAUUACCAAUGUUUCGAAUGUUUGGAAACUUACCAGAUGUUGUUCUAAUAAUUUCUGAUGAUCGUCUAGUUAAACUUCUAGAAUUAUUAAAUAGCAUUCCUAGACCUGAAUUUGAUCAAGAAGUUGUCGAUUUAUCAGCGCCAAUUGAGGGAACAAAAUUGCGUGAUCGAGCAAAAAUGGUUGCGAUUAUGGAAGUUAGUGAAUUGGAUGAAAAUAUUUUGUUAAAAGACAAUGAAGAAGGAGGAGAAGAAAAAAGUUCGACUUCUUCUGAAAUGAAAGGAGAAAAGAAGAGCGAUUCUGAUUCAUCUACAUUACAUAGAGAAUUGCAAAUUCAAUUUGAUAUUAAUUUGAGUCUUAAUGAGGUCGGUAUUGUUGUCAAUAAGAGAGACAAAGCAUUUUUGAGUGCCCAUAUUUGUCGUCUUGGUUUUCAUUUAAGAAAAAGAAUGUUUGAUAUGAUUGCUAAAGCUCAUUUAGGCUCUUUGACAUUAGAAAUGCCUCAAAUUGAUUCUUCUGGAAAAGCUCAAACAAUUUGUUUAAUCGAUAAUGAAAUGAGAGAAGGAGAUCAUUUGAUUGAUAUGGUUUAUAAACAGGCAACCGGCGAGAGUCCAUCCUUCAAAACUGAAUUUAAUUCAAAUGAACAGUCAAUAAAUUUUGUUUUUCAAAUUUUAAACUUUAAUUUGUACAAGGAUGUCUUAAAUGACUUGAAAAAUUUUAAUGAUCGUUUACAACGCAAAUUGUCUCAAAUUAAACCUCCGCAAAUUGAACAAGCUUCUCCUCAAACUGCCGGUGGUUCAAGACGUAGAACUCCUUCAAUCAGUAGUCGUUCUCGUGAAGGCUCUUUAGAUAGAAAAACGUCAGGAAAGAAGCGGUCACCAUUUAUUAAACCUGACGUUAGAUUAACAAACAAAAAGAAAUUUGUUUUUGAUUUUCGAAUGCAUGAAAUUGCUGCUAAACUUUAUGCGAGACAGGGGGAUAUUGCUGGUGGAAUUGACCCAACAGAAGAUCCCGAUGCGAUUCUUGAAUUUUGUGCACUAAAUAUUCGAAGCUUUAAAUUGAACGGUAGUAUGGUAGAUGACGGCUCGAUGCACGCCGAUAUCAGCUUACAAGCUUUUACAAUGGAUGAUCGUAGAAAAAAUGCAACAAUUCAUCGUUUAAUGGAUAAAAAGGACACUGAAUCGACUGAUCAAUUUGUAACAAUAAAAUAUAGUCAAAAUAACCAUGGAGAUAAAUUUGUUGAUUUAUUGUCAUCAAAAUUCUUUUUAAUGUUGGCACCAGAAUUUUUGGGUGUUCUCUCAACUUUUUUUAUUUUGAAACCUGAUGAAGAUGUUGAUGAGAAAACUGGUCCUUCCGAACUUUUUUUAACGCCAAAUAGCAGCAGUAACAAAUUGGCACUCUCCAAACAAUAUGUCUCUACUAGUUCAGUAGCUAAACAAGCAUUAGCAACUAAAGGUAGUCCAACAGAACAAUCAACUUUUGAGCCUCCUGGAACGUUGACUUUAAAUUGUAAAGUAUAUGCAAUUGAGCUUAAUGGUGUUCAACAAAUGGAUGGUGGAAUUCAACAUUUUAAAAUUUACAGCACUUAUUUUGCUAAAGAAAAGAGACAUUUAAGUAAUUACCAAAUUUUAAAAGAGAUGGAUAUUAAAUUUACCGGUUCAAUAGACGAUCAAGAACAUACACAAAACUUUUCUGUAAAAAUUGACCAAGUCACUUUGCGUGUUAGUCCUUCAAUUAUACGUUUAUUAAGUGCUGUAAGUGCUCAAUUUUCAGAGCAUCAACGAAAGGAUCAAGAAGCAAAAUCAGCCCGAGCAAUUUUAAGAGAAUAUCAAGACUAUUGGAAACCUCGAGUAAUUGAAAAUGAUAAAUAUUGGUGGUUCCAAUUGGGAAAUGAUUCUGUUGUUGAAGAAACGGCUGAAGAAGUUGCGGAAACUACGCAAAUUGUUAUUAAUCAAAAGGCCGAUUUCACUAUUAAACAAUUUAUUGUGACUGUAGAGGCGGGAAUGAAAGAUUUUACUCGUCCAAUGAUUUUAUUGGAGAGUGCAAUGCUUGGUUCAGCUAAAAAUUGGUCUACUCAAUUAAUUGCGGAGGCAGAAGCUAGACUUCAAAUUUCAUAUUAUAACGAGGCUUUUAAUGUUUGGGAGCCGUUAAUUGAACCAGUAUUACAUCAAUAUGAGGGAUGGCAAAGUUGGAGGCUUACAUUAAAGAUAAGUUCACAAUUAGAAGAAGACACAAAUUCUCAACAACAACGCCAAGGAACGUCAAAAUCUAUUAAAGACAAAAUUAAUCAGAAAAAAGCUGUUCUCCCCCCUAAAAUGGCUUUAAUUUUUGAAGCUAGAGAAAUGAUGAAUAUUACUGUUUCAAAAUCUUUUCUGUUGUUGGUCAACCAAUUAUCUGAAUCUUUCGAAAAAGCAGCAAAACAAAUUAGUCCACCAAAAAGUCGUCAUUUACCUGGUUCUUCAAGUUAUAUGUUACUUAAUGAAACUGGUCUUGAAAUAAAAAUAUGUAAUACUUCUACUUUGAAGGCUAGUCAAAAACAAACAGAUUUGGAAUGUAAUAAAGGCGAAUAUAUUCCAUUAGAAUUAAUUGAAAAUGUUAAUAAUAAUGGAAGUGAAAAACAAUUAAGUGCUGGUAAUUGGCAAAUGAAAGAAGAUCAAAGACAUGUAGAAUUACAAUUAAAAAUAGAGGAACCAAAAACUGAAAGAAUUGUGAAUAUUUUGAGAGCUGAAAUGCAAUGUAUUGAUUUACCUAAAGAAGCUGAUUCAGGUAGAAAAUGGGCUUUGGUUGUUGAUACACAACUUGAAGAUUCUCGACAUUUAGUUGUUUUGCGUUCUCCAGUCAAUGUUAUUAAUCGAAUGGAUAUGUCUGUUGAAUUUCAAUCACACAAAGAUUUGGAAACUACUUUUUGUGGUGUUUCUGCUAUUGAUAGUCGUCCUUUAAAUAUUCCAUUGCCUCAACUUUAUACUCCGGACGGGGAAUUUUCUAUUCGUCCGGAGGGAGGAAUUUAUGACUGGAGUGACCUAUUUUCUUGGCAUGAUUUUGACAAUGUAAAACGCAAAACUGUUCGUUGUGGUAAAAAGGGUGUUGAACAUGAAGCUAUUUUUAUCGAAAUGGUUGUUACCGAAGAAAAAAUUCGACGUGGGGCAAAAUCUUUAGAAUAUUCAAUUUAUACAAUUAAUUUAUUUCCACCUAUACAUUUUGUUAAUUUGUUGCCUUUGUGCUUGGAAAUUGUUGAACCUAUUCGACGUGAAGUAACUAGUGGAGAAGGAGUUGAUUUGUACAAUUUAAUUGCUGGGAUGCCUUUUGUUUUGAAGCUUGAAAAUGGAGGUGAAAUUUAUAAAAUGAAAAUGACUAUUCCAGAAGUUGGACAAAGAAAUGAUUUGACAGUUAUUAAACUUUUAAGUGAAACUUCAAAUAAAGAAUUGUGUCUUGGAUUAAAUUGGAGUAUUGAAUUUCUUCGAACAACACUUUCUCUUUUUACGCCUUACUGGAUGGUUAAUGAUACUGGAAAGGAAUUAAUUUAUCAGGGACCUAUCGAAAAGUCAGUUCAAACAACUCCACAAGCACAUCAUAUACGUGCAAGUAUAUUUGGGCAGUGUUGUACUUCUAUACUUCCAAAAUCAUUUACAGAGGGAGAAAAGCAAGCAAAACAUUCAGAAAUUAAACAUUUACCAAAUCAAAACCCAAUAAUUUUGCCACUAAAUGAAGAAGAUUUUUAUGAAAAAAAGAAGGCAAAACUACGAAUUUCUGAUUCUGAAUGGUCUGCAGAAUUUCCUUUAGAUUCUGCUGGAAGUAGUGGAAGAAUAACUUGUCAUUCUGAAAAGAAAGAUUUUGAGUUAACUGUUGACGUCAAAUUAUGCCAAUCUGGAUUAACUAAAGUAGUUACAAUAUCACCAUUUUAUCUUCUUCAAAAUGACAGUAAAUAUUGUAUUGAAGUUAGAGAACCAAAUAGAAAUGAAUGGAUUGUUAUGCCUCAAACUUCUGUUAUUGGUUUUUGGCCUGAACAAAAAGAAAAGCGAAAAACAUUAAUUGCACGUUUUCCAAAAACUAAAGAAGAAUCUAUUCAAUUUCCGUUUACAGAAAAUUUUGAAGGUUUUGCGAGAGUUAAAAAUUCUUUUAUUGGUUUUUACAUAAUUGUUUCGCUUUCUGAUGAUUCUUCAGUUAUUAAUAUUGAGCAAUUUAUGCCUGGAAUGGUACCUGCUAUUUUAAUGAAUGCAACAAAAUUUUCAAUAAAAUAUUGGCAAGCAGAGGUUGAAGAGGAAAAAACUUUGGAACCUGGACAAGUUAUCCCAUUUUCUUGGGAUUGUUUAAUUACUAAAGAAGCUCGUCUUUUUGAAUGGAAAUCUGGAGAUCAUUCUGGUUCUGAUGAAUUGCUUCAUAAUCGAGAUUCUUCCUAUCUUCCUUCAAGAAAUGCUGGUUAUCAUUUUUGUGUUUCUUUUCUUAAUGGAAGACAACGUGUUGUUUUGUUUACAAGUGAUGCAAGUAUUUCAAUGUUAGCACAUGAACCUUUUGAAUUUGAACAACCAAAUAUGCACGUUGAAUUUCGUUUACAUGGAGUUGGGAUUUCUUUAGUAAAUAAUCAUAAAUGUAUUGAAGUACUUUAUAUGGCUAUAUUACCAGGCCAAGGUCAGAGGGACGGUUUUUGGAUGCAAUAUCGUCAAACAGACCAUCAAACAACUCUUUGGGUUAAAUUACACAAUUUUCAAAUUGAUAAUCAACUUCCAUCUUCUAUCUUUCCUUGUAUGUUGGCUAUGGUGCCGCAGCCUAAAAGUGUUGUUAAAGAUGCCCCAAAACCCUUUUUGGAAUGUUCUUUUGUCAUGAACCAAUCAGAACAUUCAAAUAUCGUCCAAAUCAAAUUACUCGAAGCUUUAGUACAAGAAUUUUCUGUUAGAAUGGAUCAAUCACUUAUUAAUGAAAUUCUUGAUAUGUUCCCUAAAGAAAGUAUUGAGACUGAUUAUAAUACGGAAGCAUUUUCUAAAGAUUUGGAAUUAACUAAAGGAAAUUUGAAUAAAAGAGCUUUACAAACAAGAAUAUCACAGGCAAAAGCUUAUUAUGAACGUUUACAUAUUUCUCCGUUAAUGAUUCAUCUAAGUUUUUCACAAGGACAUGUUAAAGAAGGUGAUAAGGAUGCCGCUGGUAUUCAAUGGGAAUUUUUAAAUUUAAUGUUAAAAAGUGUUGGUGUAACAUUAACAGAAAUACAGGAUGUUACUUUUAAAUUAGCAUUUUUCCACCGUGAAGCAGCUUUUUAUAGCCGUACACAAUUACAAGCAGAAAUUCAAUCUCAUUAUAUUAAACAAUUUAUUAAACAAGCUUAUGUUUUGAUUUUGGGAUUGGAUAUAAUUGGAAAUCCUUUUGGAUUAAUUCGUGAUUUAACUGCCGGUGUUCAAGACUUUUUCUAUCAACCUAUACAAGGGGCCGUUACUGGGCCUUUAGAAUUUGUUGAGGGAAUGACUUUGGGUGUUAAUAGUCUUUUUAGUCACUCUGUUGGAGGCGUUUUAGGGGCAGCUUCUCGAAUUACUGGUACUUUAGGUAAAGGAGUCGCUGCCUUAACUAUGGAUGAAGAAUAUCAACGUAAACGUUUACAAGCUAGACAACAACCUACAAAUUUUGGUGAAGGAAUGUUUAGAGGUGUUAGGGGUGUUGGACAGGGAGUAAUUGAUGGUGUUACUGGAGUAAUUUCCAAACCUGUUGAAGGGGCAAAGAAAGGAGGCGUUUCUGGUUUUUUAAAAGGAACGGGCAAAGGAUUAAUUGGUGUUGUUACAAGACCUGUUUCUGGAGUUGUAGAUUUGGCUACAUCAAUGGCUGAUUCUGUUAAGACAGUUGUUACAAAUGCAGAAGAAAUUAGACCAAUACGGCCUCCUCGAGUUAUUACAAAUGAUAAAAUUGUCCGUCCAUUUGUUUAUGCAGAAGCUAUUGGAUAUAAAAUAUUUAAAGUAAAAAAAUAUUUUUUAAAGAAAUAUUUUAAUUUACAGGAAAUUAACAAAGGUGAUUUUGCCGAAACAGAUUGUUAUUUAGCUGAUGGGUCAAUUUCUAAACAUUUGGUUAUUGUUGUUACUGACAAACGCGUGAUCGAAGCAAGACAACACGAAUUAACUGGGAAUUGGAAUGCUGAUUGGAGCCCAACUUAUUCUGAGAUGAAUAAACCUGAAUGGUUUAUUGAUGAAACUAAUGGUCUUAAAUAUGGUGUCAAAAUUUCAUUAAAAGAAGCUAAACGUGGAACUUUUUCUUUAUUGGGACGUCCAAAAACAAAAGGAAAAUUAAUUCUUUUCCAAACGGAAGAAAUUGCAAAACGUGUAUUUGAUAGAAUGUUGAGUGCUUGGGAAAAUUCAGCAUAA